AUGUUCGGCUCUCUAUUCGAAAAUGAGGAAGAUGAAGAAGAAACCUUAUUCGAAAAAUCACAGAAUCCUCACCAAGGAGUUUCUAAACCUCCGUGUCCGCCUGCGCCGAGAGGAGAAACAGGAAUCUGUGGCUUGCAGAACCAAGGAGCUACUUGUUAUCUCAAUUCUUUGCUGCAGACGCUUUUCUUCACACCAGAGUUUAGAGGUAAAAGUUUUCUUGCUUUGAACACUCACAAAAUUUCUUUUAGCUAUAUUUUACAUGGCCUUUGAGGCUUUAAUGGGGUAGUGGUGGUGGGGGGUGCUCAACAAAGUCUCGUCGGGGGAGGCUCCGCCCCGAGGUCCAACCCCUUAAGUACCAUUUUUGACCGAAAACAAGGCUGUGCUCUAAGGAACGUUGAAAGGAGACCAGUUAUCAAAGGAAAAAAUAACAGAUUCCCAUUUUUGGAUAUUUUAGGCUAUUAAAUCCCAAAUUUGGAAGAGUGAGACAAGUCCAAAUCAGGGAACUUGGUUGGGAAUUCCCUGGUUGGGACUUGUCUGACUUUGCCAAAUUUGGGAUUUUUAUGGGUAUUCUUUAAAUACCCUAAAAUAUCCAAAAAUGGGAAUCUGUUAUUUUUUCCUGUGUAUCUGAACCUGUAAAAUCUCUGCUGCACAGCAUAUGAUUCUCAUGAAAAAUGUGGGAUUUUCUAGUCACCCAAGAGCAAAAGUUAGGUGCCAGGGGCCAACGGGCUCUGCUAGAGCACAGCCUUGGAAAAGGUACCCCUUUUCAUAUACCUUCUAUUGACAAAAUAUGUUACCCCUUUCACAUACCAAGUUUAGAACUUUGCAUCCCUUUAAACUGCUGUAUAAUUCAAUGCCUUUAAAAUAUAAAUAAAUCGCAAUGCCAGAACGUUUUCACCACUUUUUCACAGCCUUUUUAAAAUGUAUCUGGUAGCCCUUUUGGAGGGGCAUAGCGUGAGUUUUUAAAGGUAUACCCACUAGAAGAAAAGUUCUAAUGUCGAAGGCUCCUCAAGCUAGUGUGCUCUGCCCGGAAAAACUUUUAAUUCAGGGUCUUGGAAAUGGUAUUACCUGCAUUUUCCACAAGACAUUUUCAGUAAAUAAGUAGGAAGGAAAAUGCAGUAGUUAGUUGUUUCAAGUCAUUCUCUCUUGGUUGUUUAUUUUACCCACCUCUAGUGUUAUCAGUAAGGUACAAAUUAUGAUAACAGAAAAAAGGGUAAAACAGUAAUGAGAUCAAGGAGGUUACAAGCAAAGGGUGAAAUGUCUACCCCUCAGACGGGCAAAUUCUGUCACAAUGGCCGCAUCAAUAUCAACAUCCUUGUGCUUGUGUAUGUGAAGAAUUGCAAGAGAGCUUUAUCAGUCAUCCUGAUUACAUUGUAAAUGAUACAAAUGCUUUCAGGAAACUAGAAAAAUACUAUUUCCUGAUUUCAGCUGUAUGCACAGACAUGUGUGCGUAAAUGGACGCUAUGCUCCUGCUUUUGAGCAUUUUUACACACCAGAAUGACAGAUUUCCCUUCCCUUUCAUAUACUUCAACUCGUGAAAUCCCUACCCUUCAUAGUGGAUCCUUGAUAUAACGAAGGGCCAUAGUGGAUCCUUGAUAUAACGAAGGGCCAAGUGGCUGACGUAAUAUGUUUGCCAUAAGGAGGUUUCAUAUAUAUCGAGGUUCUCUUCCAUAUAUUUUACUAUUAGCGGGGCUAGGAAUAUCGUUCAUUAUACCGAGGACCUCAUUAGAGGUGUGUUAAAUCGAGGUGCCAUUGGAAUAUACUUGAAGCCUAAAAAGGGUAUGCCCUUUUGGGCAGAGCCUUCUUGUAUAGGUAAAUUUAGGGAGUACCCUUCUCUCCCCCACCCCUAGUUUCAAAGUCUUUUAAAUUAUAAUAAUACCUAUAAAAUUAUUGUAAUGGAGAAUAGUAGGAGGGGGAAAAUUCUUGGAAAUUCUCUUCCCUUCAUUGAAUUUAUCCCUCCCAAUGCUCGCUCCAAAAGCUGUCCUGCUGCCUUCUUUUUUUUUUGCAAACUUGCCUCUAUUUUUUAGUCAAUUAAUAAUGUCCAUGUUGUGAGAGUCAGCUAUAGUAUGUAGAUGUGCUUUCCUCAUGUUUACAACUCUAAUAUUUCUUAUAUUUCUUUCUUAGCUGGUCUUUUUGAGCUGAGGGAAGGAGAUCUUAAUCCAAAUUCAAGCUUAAAAGUGAGCAACUAUUUUAUUAACAAUAUAUAAAAUGUAUAUACACCAACUCCCUGCGGCUUCCAAGCAGAUUCAAGGCUAAUCCUUCAGUCUCCUUAACAGGUCUUUAAAUCUCCUGGAUAAAUUGUUUUUCAAAAGCUUUUCUGUGUGUGAGGUUUGGGCCCACCUUUUUCCCACACUGGCCAAUAUUACAUGUAAUAGCAGCUGUUUGAUUGGAUCAACAUUCAUAUAAUGAAAGUCCACAACAAUGAAUUUGGGACUGGGUCAAUUGUGUGUAUGAGUUGCAUGGAGGGGAGGGGAGAGAGAGCUAGGGGAGGUGGGGUGGGUUUGUGGUAGUGCUAGUAAAUAGAGAGAGUCUCUAAAUUUCGAUUUUCUGCUAAUAUAGGUUGAUGUCUUUAUUAGUUCUGUAAGUAUAGUCCACACACUAUUGGUUGCAGGCAUCUUCCAUACACAAAUAGGUACAUCCUUUAACAUGUACGAAUAGUUACAGACUCAAACACUGCUGUGAUUUAAAGUGGAACAGUUUAGUAUUCUUGGUAGGUGUGAUGAGUUUGUGCAUUUGACAUUGUUAUGAUUUUCCUUUAUCAGGCCAGGGUGAUACCACUUCAACUGCAGAAGCUGUUUGCUAAACUUCUUCUUCUUGAUCAAGACAGUAUCAGCACUACUGAUUUGACAGACAGUUUUGGAUGGGCAGGAAAUGAGGUGUGUAUGAUAUCACUGACAGUAAAUACUUGUGUGUCAGGUUUUGUAUUUUAGCUCUUCGCCAAUCACAUUAAUGAAGUCCUAUUUGUAGUUACCAAAUUUUGUAGCAAAAAUGUGCAAUUUUCCUUUUUCCAGGGAUUUCAGCAACAUGAUGUCCAGGAACUGAACAGAAUUUUAUUUAGUGCAUUGGAGUCAUCUCUCAUUGGUACACCAGGUGCAGCCUUAAUAAGAAAGCUCUACCAUGGAACAUCUGUGACAAAGGUGCACAAAGGCUUUAUAAAAGAGCUAUUAUGGUUUUCAGUUGAAGGUUGAUUAAUUUGAAUAAGAGAAGUUGAUUUGGGUAGGAAAUAAAAGCAUAUAAAAAAAACGAAAAAAAAAAAAACAAUGAUUGCCAACAGCUUGAUAAAUUGUGUGUGUUGUUUAUUCAAACUUGAAUUCACAAUAUGCCAAAUGCAAUCAUGGACAACAAAGUUCAGGGAAAAGAAGAAACCUAGUGAGGCAAAAUUCAAUGAAAAAAUAAUGAGAGAAUCUAGAUUGAGACAACAGAAAGGGAAAACACAACAACAAACAGAGCAAAAAUGUCAGAUAAACAGUGCAGCAAGCUAGAUUACUGUACUUACAGUGUAGCUUGUUAAAGAUGGUUAAAGUGACAUCAAGAUCGCAAGUCACCUGUUUGAAUAAUAAUAUUAAGCUAGUAUGAGCACAAGUUUUAAAGGAAAGCGGAUUUUAAAACACAGCUUUCGCUUGUCAUUCACAAACAACAAACAUGCGUGUGAAUGAUUCUGGCUGAGUAAAUGGGCAAGAUUGUAAAAACACCACCCACUCCAAGAACCAAUCAGACUGCAGGAUUUAGAGAAUUCUGCCUGCUUGCAAACUGAGAAAAAAAUAAAGGUUAUUUUUAUUUAUUUAUUUUAUAAGUUAACAUCAGGUGACUAUCAAUAUUGUUAUGUUGGCACAAGGUAUUGUCUUUUAUAGAGUGUUUUCACUCACGUGGCCAGCAUCUAUGCAAAUUUAUUGGAACAAAAGAAAGCGUUUGCAUAAGAAAAGAGUUCAACUCCAAAAGGAUUGGUGUGGGACACCAACAUGGCUGCCGCUUCAUUGUUUUGGGACACCAAUAUGGCCACCCUGACAUCAUGUGAAACCACUCCAUUAAAGUGCUUAUUAAAAUAAGCACUAAAUUGUGUAUGUGGGCUGUGUUUGGCUUCACAUGGGAUAAGUACAUGUGUAGGCUAUUGAAAAGAGAAUUUAGCAGUUUUUUUGAAAUCAUUUGGGCUUUUAACCAGACAGUUGAAUGGUGGUGAUUGUCCAGCAGCAGUACACUUCAAAACAUUUGAUAUUGAUCUGUUUUAUUUUUGUGAAUUACCAGGUCAUUUGCAAAGAAUGUGGUCAUGUCAGUGAAAGAGAGGUACAUUGUUGUUGUUGAAGUUUUAUACUCCAUAAAAAGACAUGAAAUCUUAAUCCAAUGUUUUAUGGAUAAAAUCCUAUAGUGCAACAAUAUUUCCUCCAAAAAAAUCUCCCAGGCAGGACUUUUUAUUUCUUGUUGAUAUUUUGAAGGUCAUUGAUUUUUUUAUCCCAGAUACCUGAGGACAUUAUAUAUUCAUAUAAUGAAGGUGAUAUUUAAAUCUUGGAGAUUUGCAUCAUUGUUCUGUGGCAAAAUAAUAAUUAUUCAAUUGCAGCUAACAACCACAGUGGGAAAUGUAUUCUGCAAAUAAGAUUAAUAGGAGAUAGCAUGCAGUAUCUGCAGGCUGAAUUUGCAGUAUCUGCUAAGACUAUAUAAGUACAUUUAUCAAAAUUGUAGAUGGAGAUACACCAAAACACAUGUCACCAAACUUGAGCAAUCCAACUUAUUAUAUAACACUACUUAUGGAAGUAAAUUGCCUGCUCUUUAAACCAUUUAUUAAUUUUAAAUUAUCGUUUACCUCCAAGCUAAUCAAUCAUUGUAGUGUACACAAAACAAUGUUCAUAUUUGUAUGCAUGGCCAUGGUAUGUUACUAAAAACAACAUUUUUUUUUUAUUUUUACAAGGAAGAUUACCUUGAUCUUCCCCUGAUUCUCUCUGGAUGUAAUGGCCUGGAGCAGAGUCUGGAAAUGAGUUAUGUUUUAAAAGAGAACUUGGAGGGUGCCAAUAAAUACAAAUGUGGUUCAUGUGGAAAACUAGUCAACGCUAUCAAGGUUUGUAGUUGUAUGAAAAUAUUUCAAUCAAAGCCAUCUUUCCUAUAUGUGUGCACAAACAGGAGAGGGACAGGGGAGGGGAGGGAUCUGAGUUAAGGUGAAACUGUUUAAAAGACACUUUGCUAUUGUUCCUUGACAAUGAUUUUUUGUUGAUUACAAUAUAAUAUCAUGUGCCACUUGUCUUGAUGUGAGAAUAUUAAUGAUCAUCUGCAAUAUUCCUACCUGGCUGUUUAAUAUUCAGUCUUAAGAUUUAUUGUGCAGGAGUGAGUUACCGUACAUGUUGUAUGCACUGCAGCCUUCGUUUAAGGCAGAAUUUAUUGACUACAAGUCUGUAAAACUGCUGAUGAUGAGUAUUUGAUAUUUACAGGGCUCCAAGAUAAGGACUCUUCCUCCAAUCCUUACGUUUUCAUUGUUGAGGUUUAACUAUGAUUUUCAACGAGGUGAAAGAUUCAAGGUAACAUUGAUUUAGAUUAUUAAAUGGGUAGAUCAUAACCAAUAUUGAAUCCCACCCAAAGAAUACAAAAGCUUUACGAAUAAAGUAUUUGUUUUUUCCGCCCUUUUCUUUAAUGUAGCUAUAUUUUGUUUUGUAUUUUGCAAUUGUGCUUUGAAUGUUUUUAACAAAAAGAGCAGGCAGAGUUUAUGGAUAGACAAAAAAUGUUCUCAAGUCGAAACUCCACUGGUCGGAUGCUCUAACCACUGUGUCUUUGUCCCAUGCUCGUGACAUGUUGAUCACAUCAUUUCUCAUUUCUUCACCAUUAAGCUCGAAAUUUACCAUCAUAUGAUUAAAUAACCGUUAAUCCUAUGAUCGUCAAAAUUUAAUUUUCUUUUUCAGUUUAGUUAAAAUGGUUCUCAGUCUAGUACAUGUUCGCUCCCCCUAAGUGCAAGCUGUAAAGCUGACUCUCUAUGUACCCUGUGUAUUUUGUUUGUGUUUUAUUACUGAUUACUGAUGUUGUAUCUGUUGACUUUCAGGAAACCAAAAGAUAUGCCUUUCCUGUAGCUCUGAGUAUGAGAGAAUUUUGUGAAUCCAACAAGGAAAUUGCAGAUGGUCAGGAGUAUGAAUUAUUUUCUGUAGUGAUUCAUGGGUAGGUUUUGAACUGUUCUUAAAAUUCUCUUUGUGGUAAUAAAUAUUUAUUGAUAAUAAUUUAAGAAGAGAUAAUGAGUUCCUGUUUUUGGUUGUUAGUUUAAUUUAACUGUAUUUUUUCUUGAAAAUGACUAUUGGAUUAUUAGAGCAUUAUAAAUCUAUAGUCCUCACGGCUAGAUAAGGGACUAGACAUUUGAAGAUGAUGUGAACUGCGGAAAUACAAAAUUUUAAAAUAUUUAAUGAAGAUAUGAUCGUUGCAGUGGUAAUUAAUUGCAAUCUAAGCGAGUAAACCCCAAAAAAAUAUUUCGACACUUGAACAGGAUUCAAACCCAUGGCCUCUGUGUUAGCGCUGCAGUGUCUACCAUUUGUGCUAUGAAGACCCAUACAGUGAGAGCAGGCAAAUUUGUUGUGUUCAUCUUAACCGAUGAAAGGAAUGAAAUAUGAAGAUGAUGUGAACUGCCGAAAUGGACGCUACUAACUCUGUAGUGGAGGUCUUGUACUACUUAAUUGCUUUGAGUUACUUUCAUUUUCUCCUUUCAUCAUUCUGUGUGACAGUCUGUUCGAGUUGUUUAAACUUUGUCAUCAAAUGGAUGUACUCUUAUCUAAUUUACGGUGCUAUUUAACAGCUUGUAGAAUUAUGUUUAAAAAGUUUACCUGUAUUGUUAUGAAAAAAGAACUUUUUAAAUUUUAUUGUUCAUGGUCUGUGUUUACUUUUUCAGUGGCAGUUGUUAUGGGGGCCACUACCAUGCUUAUAUCCGUGACGUGGAGGGACUGAGGACUUGGUUUGAACCUGUAAGAAGAAUUUUUCCAACAAUAUUACAUUCACCUUGAAGAAUUAUGCAGAUCGAGGCAAAUGUUAUAGGUGGCUAAAUGUAAUUAGGCGAGGUUAAACACAAGGCAAUUCUGGCCAGCGGUCUCCAUCGUAUGUGGGUGGUCUUGGGCUUUAGCGAGCGCGGCUUUAGCAAUUUUACAGCACUUUCGCUGGUCAAUCAUUUUGCUCAUGUUGCUGUCCUGUGUAGUAGCUUUAGCUGAGUUUUACCCCCAGCUUUCCCUUCCCUUUGGAUGUGUUUUGGUGAGUAUCUGUGCAUUUCUUCACUGAGGUUCUCAGUGUGAUGGUGCCUGGUGGUACCGCUUACAGGGUUCUCAUGGUUGCCUUCUGCACUCGCCUGCAGCUCCCUUCAGUUUCACCAGGUACCUUCCCUACACCCAUCUGUUGUCGAUGGGUUUAAUAAAAUGUUACCUCCAAGAUCAGCAUAAUUAUUCUUCACAUCACACGUGAACCGAAUGAAAUAAUAUUGUGUCAUUAUUCAUUUAAAAUAUUUCCAAGUUCUUGAAAAGCUUACCUCCUCAUAUUUCUCGGCACGGUUUCAGGAUAUAUAAAGAGAUUUUUUCCUUGCAGAUGCUAAUCAAAAAGUAGAUAACAUUCUUUGAGCAACAUGUUUUGCAUAUUCUUGCAUUUUUUCUGUUCAUUUUUGAUCAGAAAUUCAGCUAUCUCGUCUUUGGAUAGCCGUAAAUUCCAUUUGUUAUAGUUCACUAUUAUAAUAGCUGUGGUCUGUGUGCUGAUUGAAAGGUGACCCUUGUGCUGCUGAAUUUUAAUAGAAAAUAUAUGUAUUUUUAUCAUGGGCUUUUGGUUGCAUUUUUAUCCAAGGACAAACAACAAGUAAGAAUUGUCCAAGGAGAGGAUGACAGUCAAGAGAAUGUUGUUGUUAACUCUGGUGACCCUGUGGAACUAAUUGUGGCAUUACUGAGAAAACUUGGAGGUGCAGCAUCAGUCAAUCAAUUGUGUCAGGUAAAAGAUACUAUUAUGGCAUGGUAAGCCUAUUCCAGGCUCCAAGAUAGUUGGAAAGCAGAUUGAGGAAAGGUGGGCCAUAGGGGCAGGGGUACGUUUUUUGCACUCUUCCCAGUUUUUCGCUGCAUUCCCGCUUUUUUCACUUGCCUAUUCUGACCAAGACACCUAGCCUGAUUGCAUGGUUAAUAGCAGGAUCAAUUGCAACAUCCCUCUAAUGGGUACUUUCAAAAUAUGGACACCUCUCUAUUUCAGACAGUUUUCCUGGUCCAAGAGAGUAAACGUUUUAUAACAAUAUUCCAACAUGUUCAUGACCUCCACAAAGCCAAGCUGUCAUAGUGAAUAACAACAAAAAAAAUCUUUUCCUGCCUGGUGCGACUAAGAUGAUGCAGACGCUCGUCAUCGCUGAUGCGUACCUGCAUCCGAACUGAUGUGUACACAUUGCAUCUGCUUUGUUUGCUUAGUUUAGUAGGAAACUUCUACUUGCACUCUUGGCUCUAUCCCUUUGAUAUCCAUGUUAGGACAUUUGAUUGUUUUACAGUGUGUGUAAAUUCAGUCCUUACAUGAUUUUGGAUAAACAUGUUCUUUGGUCACAUUUAGUGUAUGUCUAAAGACACUGGGAUCUCUUGGAAUAAGCGAUUUAAAAGUCGCUUUGGGCCACUCUCAAAGGUAUGACCUUAAUUAAUAUGUAGCAAAUAUCUAAUUAGUUAAUACUGUUUUGUCAAACUCUGAUAAGCUACUCGAUUUCCAGAGAGUAUUGGUCGUUCAUCUUCUUCAGUUAUUCCAAAUUCUGUCCAUCGUAAGUCCAUUAUUCACCAGCUAUCUGCUUUAUUUGGAUAUCUUUUGGUUUGGCAUGCCCUAACACCUCAUAAGCAAUACAUGAGAACUGCAAAUGUAUAUUUUCCUUUACACCUGUUGACUUGGCAAAUAUCCACCAAUCUUACCAUCCAGUCUGUAGACUUUUUAUGGAACAGGAUAUUGUCAAGCUGAUAGAAAAGAGACUCAAAUCUUUAAUAAAAUAGCAUUUUAAGGAGUUGGCAUACACUCUUGUACUUACAGACGUGUUAGAUUCGUUUUCAUAAACCACAGUUGAACCUCUCUACAAUGGCCACCUUGGGGACAGAAGAAAGUGGCCGAUGUAGGGAGGUUUUAAACAAGAGUCAAUGUAUGGAUUUUUUGUCCGCUGGGACGAAAAAAAGUGGCCGUUGUGGAAAGGUGGCCUUUAGCAGAGGUUUGACUGUAUUACCAGACAAAUAAUAUGAAUUAGUGCUUAUUAAUUCCAUAUUCUUCCCCUCAUUACCCCUCUCUUGAACUCCCCACCACACCCUUCUUAGGCUAUGAUCGCAUCACACUAUACCUGAUAUCUUUUCGUGGCGCCACGGAAAGCUAGCCGUUAUAGUAGUGUGAACACCUAUCCGUUAUGUGACUCUCCAGUUUAGAGAUCUGCGCGGCGCAGCUUCGUUCCGUUACAGAAGUCGCACCGCCACAACCGUUCUCGUGUGUGAAUAGAAGCGUUAUCCGGUAUCUGGUUUUCGUGGCGCCGCGAAAAACUAUCUUGUAUGGUGUGAACACCUAUUCGAUAUGUGACUGUCCAGUUUAGAGAUAACGCGGCGCAGCUUCGCUUCGUUACAGAAAUCGCGCCGCCACAACCGUUCUCGUGUAUGAACAGAAGCGUUAUCCGGUAUGAUUUUUUGUGAACAAAAGCCCGGUGUCACACACAUGGUUUUUAUUUCAUGCAAAAAGCCAUCUCCACCCCCAAUGGUGAUGAACAUAACCUUAACAGUGUAACAGAUGAAAAUAAUUGAAAUUAACAAAUAAACCGAAUAAAUAAGGGAACAGCAAACUUACAAAAUAUAUUUUAAGAAUGAACUACAAUCAGGAACCUUCAACAAGGUUUUCUUUUGUCGAGGAUGCAGAACAAAUGUUAUAAUUUGCAAAUGUUGUUUUAUUUUAAUCGCUUUGAUAGCAUUUCCAUUGUUGAAAAUUUCUCUGCAGUUUUUCAAGAAGAACUCGGACAUUUUCAGCUUCAGUGAUGCCUGCGGAUGGGUGUCAUUAAAGAAUGGUGGUGAAAAUCCCUCAGAACUUGCAUCAACUCAAAGAGAGGAACACCGCCCUCUUGAAAACGAUUUAAGUGGAAGCGCACAAUCUUCUGUAGUUGUUGAUGAGGGAAAGCCACUUUCAUUGGCAAGGUAGGUAUUCAUGUCACCUGUUGUUUGUACAAACAACAGUUGUGCAUGUGCAUCACACUUUUUUUCUACAUUUCUUUGACGUGUUUGCACGACUACGUCUUGAAGAUGCCUAAUUUCGCGUAUUAUGGAGAACGUAAACGAUAAUUCCAAGGAACGAUGAAAUUUUCUUUUUCUUUCUAAACUUGGAUAUGGUCCCUAGGAAUUCAACUCCUGGGCCGGGUUGUUCGAAGCUGGGUUAAGAUAACCCAGGGUUUGUGCGAAAUUUGAACUGAAAUGUGAGAGCUUAAAACGCAAAUUCAGUUUAAUUCUCUUUGCCUACAAUUUGAUGAUUGGAUACUCUAAAAAGAAUAGAGAAAAUUAUCCGAGAGAGUGCUUUUGAUAAAAAGAAAAGGAACCCCGGGUUAAAUUUUAACCCUGAGUUAGCGCUAACCCGGCGUUCGAACAACUGGGCAUAGGAGAGUUCGCCGGCAUUUGAAAAAGUAAGUGGGUAGAAAAGACUGAAAAAACGCAUAUUCACUUUUUAAGCGACGUUCUCGUUGCCGUCGCGUCGUUGGAUCUUAAAGUCCGUAGUUCUAUGAAAAAAACCGACGAUUUGAUGGAAAACGCGCGACGAAAACGACGUCCACAGGUAACCACAGAGAGGCUUAAAUGUGAAGGGUGGUAUAGGGACUCAACAUUACAGUGACGUGUGUUGUUUCCCUACACAAUAAAAUUUUGCUCCACUUUUCUCUUUCCACCUCGGUUUAUCAACGUUUACUGCCUUCAAACAGGAGAACAGAUCACAAUAAAAAAAAGCCCGUUUGAGACAAGCAUAUUAAUUUGAAUUAGUAUUUUCUUUUAGAGGAAAUGUUCCUGAACAGGGACAUAUGUGGUUCGACGUUAAUGAUUCCAGGAUUUCUUGCAUCCGUGAAAGAGAUCUUCAGCGUCAGUUUUCGGGAAAAGAAAGUGCUUACAUGUUGUUCUACAGAAGAAAAAAUCUGUCAGUCUCUGGAAGUGAUCCAAGUAGGUUGCUUGAAGUUUCUUACAUAAUUAUUGAAAAGCUAUGGUCGAACGGGAAACAAAAACGCGCAACUUGCUCAAAAGCCUUGCUGCAUAAACACGGGUUUAAAAGCCAUGUUGCGCGUUUUACUCCCCCCGUUCAAAUCUGUCUUAGAACAAGUAACCGUAUCUUAACCCUUUAAGUCCCAAGCUAGAGUGACCAAAGUUAAUUUUCUCCUUUCAAUAUCGAUACAUAAUAUAGAGAAAAUGUUGUGAAAAUUAAUGAAAUGAUCACCUGAUGGGAAAAGCUUUGAUCUACAAACAAAUUCUCUCAACCAAUUCUUUAAGGAAAUACAUGGAGAUCAGUCUGAAGAAUUUGUUCGUGGAUAUUGGGGCUAAAAGGGUUAAAGAGCUUUGCAGCGGAAUGCUCCCAGCGACCAAUACGGACUGGUUACAGUGUACACCUAACAAUUUUGGCUCAUAAAAAAAUUAAUUGAUGACAUUGCUGAGCAUAUAAGGUCAAUACUACAUUGGAGUUUUUGUACAGCGUUUCAUCUGUUAUCUCUCCACACAGAUUUGUCAGUUCCUACCUCCCUCAGAACUGAAGUUGGGGAAAUAAACAAAGAAUUAGCAAAACAGAGGUGAGCGAGUGUUUCAAUUAUGUUGUGGACUUUUCGACCACAAGAUGGCUCUAUUAGUGCUGUGUUGUGUUGUAUGCUUUUUUAUCUUUUAAAUUCUAAGUAGGUCCGUUGCAUCAGGGGUUCCCAAAGUCGGUUUAUUGAAAACACUUUUUAGCCUAUCCAGAGUACUAUUCGAUCUCUAGAAAUUCAUUCUAAGUACGGUCACCCUAGGGGAACUUGAGUCUUUUCGAAAUCAGAACGGCUUCAGUAUUAUUUUCCCGAACAUUUUAUAUGCAACUUAAAGUUUUACGAACCAAGGUGAGAAUUUUUUUCUGAUUGCUCUCUCCGCGUUGUCGAACCCACAAAAUUUUAGGCUUCCUUUUUGUACUAAUUUUAACUUAACCUUCGCUCGGGAGCGAAACUUAAACUUCCGAAAAUCCUAGCCAGGCAUUUAUUAGACAAGCUUCGAAAAUGGAAUGGACAUUUAGAACUUUUUGGCCGUCCUCAAGCUAUAGAAAAUUCUAGGCAAUAUUUCCUUCUUCAAACAGAUAUUUUUUCAGAAAACAAUGAUUGGGUGUCUCUAUUGCAUCGCGUUCUUCCAAAAUCUGAAACAGACUGCCCGUUAAGUGAGUGAUGAAAUGGUACACUUGAGAGUAAAGGUUCUUUAACAUUUUGUAAAAUUUAUUUGCGUCCAUAGGGAAGACUAUGAUGCUCGACUGAAUCAAAUCUCUGUUACCGUACAUUUUGCAAGCCAUUAUAUAGUAUCAGAUGGCUUUCUGAGAAUUAAGCAGGUAAAUGUUUGCAUACAGGUAUUAACGAUGUUAAUUAUUUCUUUCGACAUUCGUUUGGCAAGUAGUGAAUCGACCAGCCAAAAUGCAGCGACAUCGCUGUUUUUUGUGCAUAUAACUCUUAAAAUCUUAUUGAUUUUAAUUUUCCGACUAGCAUUCCCGUCACAUUUUUAUGGGUGCCCCCGGGGAACUGUCCAGGUAAUUCAUUGUACUGAUUUUUAAACUUUUCAGGGUUUAACAUCAGACCCACUGAUAGUGUCAUUAGACAAAAGAAAACCGGUCACUGAUCUUCUGCGUAAAAUCACUGAGGUAUGUUCAAAUCGAUAUCCAUUUUCCCUUUAAAUCGAUAUUAUUCAAGCGAUGAAGGAGAGUAGAAACAAGGGCAGCGAAAGAAGGAAAAUUAUUGCGAGGACGCGUAAUCAGCACAUGCUUAGAGUUCACUCGCCGUUUUCCUUCACUUCCUUUCCCUCCCAGUUUUCUAGUCUCCAAUCUUUCUCGGCCUUAAACGAUCGCGUGCGACAUCUGCUUAAGGUCCUUGGCUCAAUUCCAUUUUUUGACAUCACAAAACACUACCGCUUGAACCGCGCGAAAGGGUGGGAUGAAGGUAUGGCUGCUUGGCAGUCUCUCAUUCUCUGUAAGCCUCUACUCGACCCGCAAGGAUUUCUAAGGACCUGUUUACGUGAAGGUGGGGGACCCCAGGUAGGUGAAUUAACAUGUGGCGGGUUACCUCACCUAGCAUGUAAACGUGAUCACAUUAAAAUGAGAGAUUAUAUGGACAGGCGGGCGGGUUACACCACCUAAGCGGGUUACCUCACCUAUCUGGGGUACCCCACCUCCAUGUAAACAGGCCCUAAGGGGCAUGGCGUGAUGAGUUCAAUAUGUUUUAUUCAUAGAAAACUGAGAUGAAAUUGUAAAAAAAUUAUUCUCACUCGUCGUUUUUCACGCUUGGAACCUUAAAAGAAAGAUUUUAGAUGAUUACUUCCAAAGGAAAACAAAGCAUGAUCGGUUUUCGGUCAUUUUUCGACAACACAGUUGACCCCUCAAUUUUUUGAAGUUGUAAUGCGUUUGCAUCCUGGCUGUCGAAACCCAAUGACAUGCACUUCUAGUUUAUGUAUAGUACUGGAGUAGUUAUAAUUAAAACUGGAUCAUUUUUUCAGUGUUUUCUUUGAAUCCUAUGUUUUUUAGUGUCUUAAAGAAAUGCCAAAAGAUGGGAACAUGUGAGUGUAUGUGUUCUGCCCACAGGCGUGUCCUUCCUUAUUGUUCCCGAUCUAAGGCGCGCAUCUUGACCGCUACGUAAGGGCCGCCAUCCUUCACUCUAUCCAGCAUUCCCGCUCUAGGUCUUCCAGAUAGCCUCUUUCUUAUCACCCUCCCCUCAAGAAAUAACUAAUGGGACAAGAUCACCAUGCUGUAGGGUAUAACUAAGCCAUACUCUCUGUCUUGCGCUGGUAACAGAUAUGAUGGCCCUCUCCCCACCAACACGCCUCAAUAAUUCCUCGUGACAGACUUUGUCAGACUAAGAAAUGUUUAAGACCUUCCUCCAAAGCCACAUCUCACAGCUCUCCAGCUCUCGCGCGUCAUCUUUCUUUAAGAUUUUUUAAUUUAUCUUUCAGCUUGAUUCUUCUAGAGACGACGAAGCCAGUAACACUGUUCAUAUUGCCAGACGACUUCCUGCAGGUUUACAUCUAUUUCAAGAGGUGAUACGUAAGUGGGUGAUAUCUACGACCUUAAAUUAUUUUGAGCUCUAGAGACUGAACUGACUCGAAGUAAUCGUUCAUCUUUUUUCCUUGCUACGUUGGUAUUGUAGAACACCCUGAAAAGUCGCUGAUUCAAAGCGGAGUGCAUGAUGGCACUGAAGUGUUUCUGUGGAAUGGGGAAGAGGUAACUAAGCCACAAAUUUUUCGCAGUUCUUGUUACUUUUUGACAUUUUGAAUACAGACGAUGACUAUAUUGAUACGCCCACUCUAAUUACAAAGGUAAAAUAAUCCAAAAAUUUCGAAAAAUAAAAGCUACGUUGCUUACUCGUUCCUAUUCUUACAGUUUGUUAUUUGUUUACCUCUUUUUUUCCCGACCAUACUACGACUUUUAUUUUAUGUAUUUAUAAAAUGUAAACUUUUCUUAGUGACCCUAAAUCUUAAUUUCUUUUUGGCAUGCACUACCCCGCCUGGAAUAACUUUGCUUGCUGCGGACAGUGCUUUUGUGAUGUUAUCUACUUACCAAUAAAGUUUUGUUGUUGUUUUUCUUUUGGCUAUUGAAAUCAUAAUAUCACAAUGAAUGAAAUGACUGACUCGACAAUUUUCACGUGGCCGUGUAUAUAGAUCUUGAAGGCAUUGGCUAUCAAAGGAUCUUAAAAAGAUAAUCUUGCUUGUUUAGGAGGCUGCGUAGCCCAGUGGUCAGUGCGUCGGACUCGCAGUCCGGCGGUUCCGGGUUCGAGUUCCGCUCUGGCCGCUUGCUGGAUUUGUUUCUCGUACGUCCCCAGUUCAACUUAAGGUGUUGUUUUACGGGACGAUUUGCAACGACGAUUUUUAGCACAACAAAGUGCUGCAAUGUUGGAACAAUGUUCUGAUCAUUCGAAACAGUGUCGUAACAAUGUUGCAACGCUGUGUUGCGCUAAAAAUCGUAGCUGCGAGUCGACUCGUGUACUAACCACGCAUUUGGCGUUUUCUGUUUGUUUGUUUGUUUGUUUUGUAGGUGGGUGGAUCUAAGGUAUACACAGGAGAGGACUCAGCCCCAGUUCUUCUCAAUAUAAAAUAUUCAGUGUCUGAAGAUGAGGCAGCUGUGGAGAUUCAGAAAACAUUUAGAAAGAACACCACACUGGGAGAGAUGAAGGUCAGAGUUUUCAAGAUCUUUACGUUGUUUGAAGGCACAUUAUUCUUUACCAUGCUUUCGUUGUUGGGAUGAUCGAUCUGUCUUGACUGGGGGCGAGGACGUAGACAAGGACGUGAAGAAGCACCGAAUUCUGCUGGUGUGUUGUUAUACAAUCAGUAACCUUUAACUGAAAGGAAGGAAAUAUCUUUAUACUAGAAAUACGUAUACCGCAGAACCUCGCGAAGCUUGGGAGGGGGAGCCUAUAAGGGGUGGGAGGACAGGAGAGAAAUGAAGUAAAUCAUGUAACUGGGGAGGGUGGGUCUAAUAUUGGAAGAUGAGAUGUACUUUUUAAAAAUUUGAACUCAGUGCUCUGGCUUUAAAAGGGAUCUUCUGAGAUUUAACUGGGGUUGCUGUUGUUAGCCAAUGCUGCAUAGGUCCCAUCCCGUGUUCACCCCAUUUGACCUUACAAAGGCAUAUAUUUCAGAUAGAUUUUCGGGUUAAAUAUCAGAGAGCGUUAGAUUUGAGGACAAGAACGAGUACGAGUAUGAGUUUUAAAAAAAAGACACUCCGGAAAGCUUCAUUUUCCUUUUUUUUCACCAAAAAAGGUUAUUACGGUUAUUUAUACUGAAGGAGGUUAAGCGUUACGGUUUUCACUCGAUAACGAAGGCCUUAUUUAUUUUAUCUUACAGUUGAUGCUGUGCAGUUCUAUUGGAAUAGAUUAUGAAGAUUUGCUUCUCAGCUGGGUGAAAUCAAAGAGUAAUAUUUAUUUUGUUCUGGUUUUUAAUGUUUUUAGAUUACGCUAGAGGGCACUGGUUGUGGCGUUGUUGCGUCUCUCAAAGAGAGAAUAUUAUUCUUUCUUGGUCUCUCUCACACAUUAGGCGAUUUGUGGCGGAGACGUUCCUGUCGAGACGAUUAUUUUCUUUCGUGUCACUUUUUGAACUUUGGUCCUUAAGAAUUCAACUCUGGAAAAAUCUGCUUACGUUUGCCAAAUAGAACGAGAUGGAAUUAUAGCAAGGACGUUUGACCGGUUUCUGUAGCAUGGAAGAAAAGGAUUAGAAUUAGCAUUAUGCAUUCCAACAACCAGAAUGACCCAAAACUGUUUCAUUUAAAAAAAAUCAUGAUAGCAGAGCGUAACGCCUGAAGCAGGACCAUUCAGGUUGAAAGUCGAACGCACAAAUUAACCAUCUUUCAGUGAACUGUUCUUCUCCCUGCUUCCUCUCGUUUCUAGGACCUUACUCGUUAUGCAGCAUUGGUGUCGUGUUCAAGUGAAAUUUAGAGGUCUGUUUACUUGCAAAAUGUUUGUUUCCUUGUUACUCAUUAAUAAUGUUUAUUCUCUCCACAGUUAAAAAUAAUGUUUGUGCGCUAAACGCCAACAAGGUAAAAGAAACGGUCAAUUCUUCGUUGUAGAUAGCCACUACAAACGAGCUAUGAUAAAGACUAACCCUUGUUUACAUUUUUUGCCUCAUUCUUAACGUAUGCUUAUUAAGGUAACAAAAUAAAAUCUGUGAAUUUUGAAAGAGCAUAACAAUUUCAGUUAUCUCUGAAAAUUUGAACCCGAUAUACAGAAUAGUUUCGGAGAAAUUCUCUUUAAAAAACCCCAAGUUUUACAAAGAAUGUAUGAACUUAUUAACGUUUUUGCCACCCAGCAAUUUCGCGGUUUUGGAUUGCUGAAAUUUCCUUUGUUAUUGAUAGCACAAACUACUCACCUGAAUUAACCAGGAUUCGGCUAUAUUAUGGCUGCUGAGAAUGGACCAAGUUUUCAGGGUGUGGUCGAAAAGUAUUACAUGACCUGUUCACUACUUUUAUCCACAGAAACAUUUUUUAUUGAAAAAGUUACGCAAAAAUUACUCGCUGAUAAUCGACCAGAAAUUGGUCCUUUGCUGCUAAACAGUCUCGUGGGGCAAAACCGUUUUGCUGAAAAGCGUGAGACGCAGUGGAGCAAGUAAAACAAUACAAAUACAUCAUCGUUUGCGUCGUUUGCUCUCCAACUUGACCGUCCACAGUCCCCUGUUUUUCCAUAAGAUCGUCGAGAGCGAGCGCUUUGCAUCACGGGCGGCUAUGUUGGAUGAGUGUCAAAUCUACCUAGGAGGGCGGGGGACGGUUUAGGAGGAGGCGAGAAAAAUUGAAAAAAAUAAAUUUUCUCGCCUCCCUCCCCCGACCGCUUUUAACCGCGACGCCCGUCCUCUCGGUUUAAGGAAACCAAGAUGGCCGCCUGUACCGGCUUGUCCUGGCGAUCAUACGAAAAAAGAGUGGACUGUGAAUAGCCUUCUCUCCAACGAGGUGUUUUUUGUACCAUGUGACUGUUUAGCUCGAAAGGGGCUGUUACUGUAGCUGUAACCACAUGAACUCCCUCGAGUGUCUAUUUUAUCUUCUUGCUUGAAACGCUGUUUGUGGACUGGCUACAACGAUCGUUAUUCUCAGUUUAGGUUUUUCAUUAUCUUAGGACGGUGACACGCUAAACGAAAUUUGCCUUCAAGAUGGCGAUUAUCUGGUUGCCGAGAAAAUGAUUCAUAUUGAGUAAGUAUAUUCAAAGAAAAUUAGUGAUGUUAUUCCAUUCACAUUUUCUGAGGGAACAUGCCCCCAGACCCCUCUAGAGGCACUGGAUUAACCCCCCCUUGUUUAAAGGUCAGGUAUUCUAUUCAGUCCUGCUGGCUACUUCAAUUAUUAUCGAAACCCCUGAGUAUUAAUUCUGUAGCCUUUUUCUAAGCCGUACGAGAAAUUGUAGCUGUUUUAUCUCAACUUUCGUUUUAUUUCAUGAUUUCUAGAUACAAUGUUAAAAGCAAAACUACUUUGUCUUCUCAAGAAAGUAAAAAACACGACAACAUGAUCUCCUUCACCGUAGAGAUUCGCUGUGUUGUAAGUACUUGUCUUUAUCUCUCUGUAUAAUUUUCCAGAUUAGAAAAGCAAGUACUUAAGCCCAUGAUCUUUCAUGUUCCUUUAUCACAACAGGAAACAGCGACACUUGAGGACAAAGAAAACAAAUUUCCGUGGCCAGUUUUUCCUGUUCAAAUUCUUAAAGACCAGGUAAUUUAGUUCCCCGCUUGACAAUCCUCAAGCAUUGCGCUUUUGCAUGUUUCAUCCGCGCAACUGAGCGAUAAUACAUACCGGCGGUACGUAAAAUAUAUCAGUUUUGUCUUUAGUUCUAAGCAAGUUUGAAACCUAUCACACCAACACUUAGCUUUUUUUUAGACUAUUAGAGAUCUGAAGACCAAAGUACUUCGAUUGCAAAGCCAAUUUCAGCACAUUGCAGGUACGUUGUGAGGCGUAAACAUAACAGCAUGCGUUGUCGUUACUUUGUUGUUGUUUUUUCUUUGCAAUUAUUGUUUUAUAAGUAAUGCCAAUAGCAACCUCGUCCCCAGGGCGCUUUUCCCUGGCUUUGGAGGUGGGCAGGGAAAAGCGCUCUGGGGACGAGGUUGUUCUAAUAGGACUGAGUGGAGUCCAGUUCGGUCUGUAAACAGACUAAGUGAUUACCAGCACCGCGGGGGUCCGAUUUUUUUUAUUUACGAGUAUGAUUACAGACUGAAUUGGACAACAUCAAGUUCUAUUACCAGUUAAUUGUAACUAUAAAAAAAUUCGUGAUGUUUUAAGCCUUUUUGAAAUUAAAACGCGCAAAAUUCAAGAGUUUUUUGCUAGCUACUGGCGCACGAUAGCGCGUACUAUCCAAUUACUUACGCGUGACACGUACUGUCCUAUUACACUAUCCUAUUAAUGCUGAAAUCAGGACAGCUGAUGGCCAAUCAGAUAAGAGAAUGUUUUCGUAGUUAAGAUUUCGACUGUAAUCAUCCAUCAACUGACUUUUCGUCUUUUUUACUUUCAGAAACGGUCUGUCGAUUCCGCGUGGAUGACGAUUUUCAAGGUCUCAGUCCACCGUGUGAGUGAAAGUUUUCUACCUGUUUUCUCUGGUUUAUCUUGCUUGCUUGUGUUUUCCAAACUUACUGAAGAAACAUGAAUGAACGACUGCGGAUCUCUAACUUUUGACUUCUUGGGCUAAUUCCUGUAGUGUUAAAACUCUUCAGCAGUACUUUCAAAUUGUUGUAUUCUCUUUGUAAAUAUCUGACAAAAUUUUCUUGGAUUUUUUUUUUCUUUUCCCCUUGAGUUGUAUGGUAGUAUUAGAGACGACAAGGUUUUACUGGAGCUUUAGAAUUGUUUCCCUCGUCGUAGGGCAGGCCAAUUGUUUGCUAUAAUAUUUUCAGAGACCCAAGUGCAGUUUGUCAGGGCAGGACAAUACUAAUCCCCCCCCCCCCCCACCCCCAGAGAAUCAAAGAGACUUAGGCCCCGUCCACACGAAUCCGGAUAAAAAAAUAUACGAUUCCAGAAAUGUCCAAAUUCGUGUGGACAUGACCUUAAUGAGCUGGGUCUCGCUUCCAUUUUGCCUCCGCCUUAGCUAACUGGUCUCCCCACCACCACUCUCCCAGUUGCGCGAUCGCAGGACGACCACAAUAGAAUUAAGAACAAUAAAGGAGUAUUUGUAGUUUUGACUCCGUUGUUCGUCCUGUCGUAAUUCAGUGUUCAGUAAUAAUGUGCAUUGACUGUAUUGUAUAUAUCACGUUUAAAUUGGUAUUAUACAAAGCUUUACUCAGGGCUUCCUCGGUUCAUAUUCCUAAUACAAAAAAGAGAAAGAGACGCAAAAAACAAAUAAGCAAAACAAAACAAAAGGAAUGAAAGCAAAGAAACAUGGUUUGAAAGACGAAUCUGAAGACUGAAAAAAAAACGCAAACUUUACGUCUUGAAUUUUUUUGUUUUUUUAGAAAACCUGAUGCAAGGUAACGUUAACACACAUUCAUACUAAACUCCUAGCUUAAUGUUGCUUGUGAUUAAUAUUGUACAUUUUUUGUUUAAUUUGCAGUGUACGACCACGAAAAAGUCAGUGAGUCCUGGCUUAAAGAAGGUCAAAAGCUUGUCUUGGAGUCAGGAGCUCCACUCCUUCCGGAAGAAAUCAUGAUACGCUUCUAUGUGAGUGCACCGUCUCAUACCAGACAGGAAAUGGAACAGGUUGUCAGUAACAAGAUAACUGUUGGAGAGGUAAUCCGUUCAUAACAGAUAUUACCACUUUUUACUUUUCACGUAUACAGUGUAUCUUAAGAACGUAACUUUCGAAGAGGUCGCACCGUUUCAUACCAGACAGGAAAUGGAGCAGGUUGUCAAUAAGAAGAUAACUGUUGGAGAGGUAAUCCGCUCAUAAAUGAUACGCUAUACUAUCACUUCUUAUUUUUCAAUUGUAUUAUAAUAAGGACGUAACUUGCGAUGAGGCCGUAUUCUAGGGCGCGUUCGUACAUUUCCAAACGAAAAUAAGCUAGUUGUUAGUAAGAACGAGGUCUGUUGACAAUGAUUUAACCACCUUCGUAUCUGCACGAUGAAGCUUUGAUGACGUUAACAGUCGAGAUCUACAUAAAAUUCUGAAUUCUUUUAUUCAUUUAACGGAACACCCUAUAUAUACUGGAGGCAGGGUGGUCGAGUGGUUAGAGCGCUGGACUUGCAAUCCGGAGGCCCCGUGUUCAAGUCCCGCCCUGACCUCUAGCUGGAUUUGUUCACGGUAGUCCCGAGUUCAAAUCAUCGGCCAUGCUUGUAAAAUAGCCAACUGAUUUGCCUCCGGCCAGUUGGGAUUUGUAACCAUGUUCUGUUCCAUAUAAAUUAUUUGUUUCAUUGUCCCUGAAAAGCCCCAUAAGGGGUGAGGAUAAUUUUUUUUUUAUCGAGUCCAAGUUAUUUUAUUAACAACAUGAUAGUGGAUGCGCAGAAAAGAUAAUUCAUGUUUUGCUUCCACAGAAAGGGGUUUAUAUUUUUUUUACGAGAUUUUCCUUUUCCUUCUUCUCUCUCUCAGUGCUUACGAUUGUUGACAGAAAGCGUCAACCUGGAAGGUAUGUAUGUUAAUAACUAUGAUGUGCCUUCUAGCUUCCUAAAGGCCGACUUACAAUGUACAACCUUCUCGCAUGCGCUAUGUUUACGGUAAACCGACAACCCGAAUCGUACCGUGUAAAUCAAACCUAAUGCGAUUGCAAGCCACAAUGCAGGUGUAAGUUUUGUUUACACGAUACAAUUCGUGUGUUUACGCGGGCAUUUACUUCGUGUACCGAAUACAGUUGACGUAAAGUGAAAGAAAAAAAACAUGAAACAAUACCAAACAGAUAUUUCCCUGAACAGAGAACAAAGAAGUCUUUUGUUUUACGUCAUCUGUGUCAAAGGAAAUUUAUCAUCGCUUCCAUGAAAAAACUUUCUUAAGUUGUUUUUCUUGGUUUGCAGUGGUUGUUGUAAUUCUACCUUCUUUAAGCAACCUCUGGGGCAACAUAACAACCUAUCGUUCAUCAUAACAACGGUCAACAAGAAUAAAAGUCAUCUUUAUUCACAUUUUUUGGUGAUACAGGAAGAGAGAAAGUACAGAAAACUGUACCAAACAAAUUUAACGUCGCCUAACCCAUUUUUUAACCUUUAGGAAGGACGUGGCACUUGAGGAAAACCAACUGGAUCGGAGAACCUGCUGACUCUUUGGACAAUGAGGUGACACUAGACAAUACUUUGUGUUAUGUAACGAGAGUUUUCGUUUCGUUUGAUCGACGUACAUAAAAUCUAAAUCAAGCCUAGCGCUCAUCGUUUGAACCAGUCAUACAACCAAGCAAACUCAAAAUCCAAGCUAAGGUCAUCUGUUCCUUUUUUUUUCCAACUCAUAGGACGAAACGCUAGAGAAUGCAAAUGUAAAGAAUGGUGACACUCUUAUAAUUGAAGAAGGAAGACUUCCUCCAAAGGUAAAUUUAUGUUUGAUUUUUGUCAUUCAAACACUCUUCGACUCCUGUUGGUAUUUGCCUCGUUCCCGCUCGUCCCUGGCGGUUUCGAAUGUGACGUCACCUUUCAAUCUUGUCAGACUCGGUUCCAAGACUCCUCCGUUUACUUGGCCCGGGGACGAGGCUGCUGUUGGUAGUAUACGCGGAUUGUUUAUUCUGAUCCGCAUAUGUCAAUGACUGAAAAAGAAUUACUCUGAUGUAUUUACCUGGCUUUAAAUUUCACCAUCACAUCUCUAUCAUUGCGCAUAAGCACAGAUCGACAUUACAUCGAAUGAUGAACAACAAGUUCUACUUGAAGUUUAUUCAAUAAACUUUGUCAAAUAAAUUUUGAUUUUUAUUAAAAAGUAACUGUCUUAGAUUAAAAAAUGUGGAGUGCUUGUGAACAUGAAAAUGAUAUAAGGUAAGUUUCAUUGCGCAUAAGCACAUAUCAACAUUCUAGUCCUGGCAGCAUGAAAAGUGUUUGUCACAUGAACCCAGAGAUGCCAUCCUCGGGAGAUCUAAAAUCCGGAGACUCUCUAUUUUUCACUUCAGCCCCCCCCCCCCCGGAAUGUCAACCGUCCGCUCGUAUUUAAUUUUUUUUCUACAGAAAAGUGAGGUAUGUAUCAAUUACUGUAAAAAUUUGGUUAAAUUAAUUCUUUUAAUCUUCGUAUUUAAAACGCGUUUCGUUUCGCAGAAGGCAAGAGAGUAAAAUUGCCAGGAAAAUCUUGUUUAGAAUUUUUUGACGUCCUAAAAAGCCACGCCCAAUCAUUGUCGAGUUUUAAAAAGUUGCACGAUGGCAUUUAUAAACUUCAUUUCCUUCACUUUAUUUAUCAGACCCCAAACAUCCCGAUCGCAGGCUUGCUUAUAACUUAUAAAACUGCUGCUGACAAUUCUUUUUUUCCCUUAGGGGUUCAUUCGUCUUUCGUUGUGGCAAGUGAGAUGUGGAAAAACAAAUGAACAGACUUCUUUGGGCGUUAAUUCUCAGAUCAGAACCCCAGGCUCAGCUUUAACGGUGGAAACUUCGAGGUUGUCGCACUGUAACUCUGAGGUGAGAUGAUGCUGGUUUAUUUUGGCAGCGGUUCUCGUACAUUGAAUUAUACGAGUUUCUAAUUAAGACAGGUUGUGGCUACUCUACGAUGAAUCGAGCCUCGGUAUUUUGCUUACUCAAGUGAACCAGCAGAUCACAACUGCAUAGUCCACGCUUAUUUUUAUUAACUUUUUUCUUGUGGUCGUUAAGCAAGGAUCAGUCGGGAAAAAAUCAGUCGGGAAAUGCAAUGCUAAGUAUCUCGAUAACUUUCCAACUUUUAGAAUUUUGCAUAGAGCCAUUUGAGUAUUAGUGUCACACAAUUCUCGUUUUUCCCCCUCGUGCGUGCGUGUCUCGCGCUUCGCCUCGCGCUUUGUGUAGGUUAGUUGUAGUCCCACACUGGGACUGGAAACAUCUCCUCGAGGUCCACGUUACACGAUGCGAAGGUUAGAAAUCGACUAAAAGUAGUGUUGUGUCAUCAGCAAGGAACCGCGGUACACCUCACAAAGAAAUUCUAAGGUCAGUGUAACCUUUUUUAUUGGUUUAUUUUUUUCGGCAGGGAACUCAGUGUGGCACUGAAUGCUUGGUUCGGGUUGGAGAUAUCGAAAUAUCCGAGGAAACCGCACUUUAUGAUCUUAAGAUGCAGAUAAGCACUUUGCCACAGGUCAGUGUAAAUGUUCAUGAUGUAUUUUACAUACAGGCAUAAAAGAGGACGUGGUGGAAUGAGAGCGAAAGACGAGAAGUAAAAGGAAGAGAUGGACUGGUUUUCCCUUUCUUCCUCCCUCGAUCAAACGUUGCAGUGAAUCUCUCUCCUGUGGCUCAGCUGUGGUUCCAUUUGAGUUUUAAAAUUGUAGUCUAUUUGUCAUUUUGAAGAAAUAAUGAAUCAUUUAAAUGAUCACAUCGCAGGAUUUUUUCUGCAUUAACUCAAAAGCGGCAACCAUUUGCUACCCUAAAAAACUUUCUUACUUGAACAAAAUUUAAAAUUUAUUUUGUAAAAUUAUUUGCCGUUAUUAUAGCUUUGAAGUAUUUUUCUUUAUUUUCUAAUCUUCUAUCGUUUUUUGGUUUGACCCUUGUAGGUUGCUUCUGCUAUAAAAGUAAAAGCUAUCUACAUAGUUCUUUUUUACCAAAAUUUUUUCCCAGCUUGCAGCUCACUUGAUUCCUACGCCUGGUUUUCUAAGACUUCAGGAAGUUGUCGACGGUCAACAGACGAGAGUUCUGCGAGGAAUCAAUCGAACUUUGAGGUUUGUGUAUCUCAUGUUAUUUUGCGGUUUUUUACUGAACCCAGUUGCAGCGCAGUGAAGAUAGUAUGGCAUUAUAUUUGGAGAAAAGUUUCAGGGAGAGCUUAUAAAACUAUAAAAGGCGAGCAAUACCGCAGAUAGGUGUCAUAAGAUAAGAUAAGAUAAGAUAAGAACUUUAUUUAAGCACGAUAAAAAGAUCAGCAUUACUGGUGGGGUCGUGCAUACUAACAAUUAGAAGAAAAAUAAGAAGUACUAACGAUUAAAAAUUAAAAACUGUUGAAAAGUGUUUAAAAUAGGUCUUGAAAAUGUACAAUUAAAAAUUAAAACAGUCAAAAGUAUUCGUAACCGAUAUCUCUAUUUUAGUAGUAGCUAAGAUUGGUUUGAAAUGCAUUUUAUCGGUAUCAAAUUUUACAAGACAUCGUUUAAAUUCUUUCAAGGUUUUGGCCCUUGUUUCCUUGUUCGUUAAAGUGUUCCAUGCGAUUGCUCCUCUAAAGCGUAUGGAGUUCCUGGUAAAAUUUGUUUCUGGUCUCGGAAUACAAAUCAGUUUCUCAAAUCGCGUCAAAUAACUUCUCACAAGGGGGUAGCCAGCCCAUAGACCUGUAGGCCCGGGCCUACAAAUGUUUGGUUUGAUCACUUUACCGCUUGUAAUAAAUUAUGGGUCGUUGGGGUGAGUUAAAAAGCUUGAGAGCUCAAAGUGUUGAUGAGGUCAGUGCGUACUAGUGUUGCGCGCAAUUUUCAGGAUAUGUGGAAAUGAAAAUCAGCCAGGCCUACAACUAGUAGGAAAGCUGGCUACGCCCCUGUCUUUGCCUCUAUUAUCGGACUGUAUAACUUUUAGCAGUUCUUCUCCUUUGCAGGCAGAUGAAGUUAACUUCCUCAACUCAACUCUCUGUUCGUGUUCUACAACAUGAAGAGGAUCUAAGGUUUGUAACCAAAAGGAGAUUUUUCUUACAGUAUUAAUACGCUGAAGAAAAGGGUAUUUGAUUGCGGGAGAAGUUGCCUCGUCCCAGUCCCUAAACCUCAUUAUUCCGCGCGCGCCCUAUGCGUUUCGUGUCACGUGGUCCGAGCGAGUUCUUUUUGACCGAGAAGGCCUGGGAAGGCGCCGUACAGGGACUAAGUAAGGCUCGCCAUGCAACUGACCUAACGGGUAGUAAGUACCGUUAGGGAACUUAAGCAAAAGCACUUUUGAACGGCACACGGCAUUCGGAAGUAUGGCUUUUUUUACCUUUUAAACGGUACCAAGUGUCUCUUCGUUUAGAGAAGAUUUGCCCGAACAUUUGGGCAAAAUCACUGCCGAGGGUGCAAGAAGUCCAUUUCCGGUUGCCGUUGGUUGCUCAAAACCACCUGUGUUUAAGCUCCCUAUCUAUUAACCAAAAAAAAAGAACGAGCAGAGGACUUCUUGAUCGUUGACAGACCCUUUAAUCCAUCAACUAUACCUUAUUUGUCCGAAUAAGCGCCGCAUUUUGGGACAUCAAAGUCAUAAGGCGCUGUCCCCGAAUAAGUGCAAUCAAAAUCAAAAGACGUUUCUUUUAGUUACUGAGAAUAAUGAUACUGGUUACUUAAAAGAAACAAUUCGUGGUCGCGCCAAUUUUCAAAUAAACGCCACCGUCAAAUGAGCUUCGCACUCAAAUAAGCACCACAUUUUAGGCGUCAAAAACUAAAUUUGCGGUGCGGUGCUUAUUCGAGCAAGUACGGUACUCUCGUUACGCUUUUGCUCGAGAAGAACCUUUCAUUCCAGGGGUGUUUCUUCAAAACAGGGACGGGAGGAUACGUCGAAAACAUUGAUUCUCAAAGCGUUCUGCAGGAACGAGUCAAGGCUAUCCCCUGAGCGGAAGGAGUCCAUCUUUCAUAAGCUGAUACUAACAGAGUUGUGUCUUUUUAAGCCCAUCUGCGGUGCUUUUAAAGCUGAGGAGAAGAAUUCCAGGAGAGAGGGGUUACUAUGCAGAGCAAGAGGUACAUACAUUUUAACCAAGAGCUGCAAAUAAUAGCCGGCCAUGUGUUAAUGUCCGACUACAAUUUGCUCAUGUCCGUCGGGAUCAGACCUGAGAUCGGAUAUGAUGACCGCACAAAUCACAAAGCGAAGACUAUCAUUUUGAGGUUGAAAAUUUGUACAAUAAUUACAGUAUGACUACUUGAAUCGGGGCAGUUGGAAGAAGAUUAUCAAAUCACAACGGUUUUUGAAAACAAAAGAUUCUCAAGCUAUUUUCUAAUUCAUAACUUUGAGGGCUGUUUCCUGUGAAGUCAGGUAAGUUCAAAGAGUUUUAAAGUUUUCAACGGUUGCAUAGUUGAACCUUGAAUUUUAUUGGUCGGUUUGCUGAAAAACUUGGGAAUCUUUUAUUUUCAAAAAACGUUUUGAUUUGAUAAUCUUCUUCCAACUGCCCCGGUUUGAUAAAUGGUGACGUCAUCGGACGAGUCCUUUCUAAAAAGAAAAAAAUAUUUGCUGGCCUGACAUACCUUUCGUUUUAGGAAGGUACUUAAAAUUACCGAGGUCCUCUUACCCAAAUUAGCUCAUAUUAAAAGUCCUGAUGAUUUGUGGACACGUUUUCUGGCUUUUAAUAACGUUUCCUAAAAUGCCAAGUGAAAUUUGGUGUGUAUGUGUCAUUGUGUGUGUGGCGGGGGGGAGGUGGAGGUGGUAGGAGAAUUAAAAAUUUCAAAAGCAACAUUUCCGUGGUCAUAAAUGGUCAAACCUCUUCAUAAUGUUGUCCCAAGAUUGCCGCCAAGUCUUCAGUUUUGUAUCUUAAAGUUCAUAGGCAAUUCGUGACCAGUGUGGUGUGAACACACAUCUGACCUAUAGCAAAAGACGUUCUUUAUUUAUACUGGAAUGUAUGUCUUAAGAUCACCUGGCGUAAAAGCCAUGAAUAACAUAAUCUUUAACAAGCUUUCUUCUAAAACAGUAAGGGAUUAAACCGUUUAUUGGCUAGGACUGAAAAACACCUGCUUUCACGCAAGAUAUGCGAGGCCGUGAUCAGGGCUAUCACCUUCCCCAAGUCAUGGAACAAUUUUCAGCCUGAUCAAAAUGAGGCCGCGAAUAACAGCAAACGUCACUGAUAAAGGGAUGUAGAUGGUUUCCGAAAGCUUUGCGGUGCGUGAUUUUUAAGAAUUUGUUGAUGUUGAAGAAUAUCUCUUUGUAAACCAAGUUGCAAUACAUUGUAAUAAGGUCGCGUUUUCCGCUCGCAUAGUUGCCCAAAGGCAGUUUCGCACUCUCUUACCUCUCACCACGAAGGAUAGAUAACUACAAGAGUUCAACUUACCUCUCAUGCAACCUUGUUCUUCCAGGUGAUAUUUGAUCCCACAGAGGCUGUCACGCCCACUUUGUUACGCCAUUUUGUGAGCAAAAUCAGCGACAUACCUCUUGAUCAACUGAACAUAGCAAAAUAUUUCCCCGCCAAAUAUGAUUGGUUAGUUAUUAUGGACAGACCAGGUCAGGUAUGUGAGUUAUGACCUUUAGCUUUCUUUGCCUAGUUCUCCAAAUUUAAUAUAGUCGAUGUGCUAACCGUGAUGUCAUGUAGUGUGUGCUGGCAUUAUUUAUGACCAGUGCAAAGGUCACUACUCUUAGCCUCUGUGCGUUACUUUAGGACUUAAAACUUUUCAAAAUUUAACUUAAUCAUUCGAAGCAAUGACCAACACCGUUGUUAAAGUAGUAGUAGUGUUGUUGAAUUAGCUGGCCUAGGCAUCUGGUCACAUACUUAUAGCUUAUUGCCACGAGUAGUCCCCCUAGCCCUUCUUGAACAAUGAAAGUGCUGUAUUCAGUGUUUAUACCUUAGCAUGAACGUUAAGUGUUACAAUGCGAAUUCAGCGCCCUUUAAAGUGCGUUUCUAUCACGGCCGUGUGUGCCGCAGCUUUUUGGUUAAUUUUCUUCAGCUCUUAGGUCAAAUAAUAGGGUUUAUCUCUUUCUCCUUUUGUAUUUUCAUAUUUUACAGCAGGGGAAACAGAAAGGUGCCAAAAAUAAAAUCAAUUUACGACGAUCGCCCUUUUACCUUCAAGAUGGCGAUAUCAUUGGUGUUAAGGUAAUAAAUCUUAAACUUCUCCCACUAAGUUUGGCUUCUCCGGGCGCUUAACCACUCAAUUCCGAUAAAUGUCUUCUUCUCAGCUACUGGAAAGUGCUCAGUCUCUUCAAUGGUUGUUGUACAGCGGUUUGCAGUCAACUGUCCAAUCACAACAACAGGAGCAAUAAAAUGAUGGUUUGGAUCCCAAAAGAACAGCAUGUGACAUCCGCCCUGAGCGAGAAAACUUUUAUCGCCUUUGUUUUUGCGUUUUUUCUAAUAGGUUAUUUCCGAAUUCCAAAAACUCUUGCUUUGAAAACGAGGCUAAGUGCAAAAUGAGUUUUGUUUACAUGAGAAUAUAAAAUCAUCUUCAUAUCAAUGGCAUUGCACUUUGCCUCUCCUUGAAACAGAGGCUUGGGGGUGCUCGGAAAUGGCCUACAUAGCCUAUUGGCUUAGAAAUUGCCUAAUCGCUGCACGGCGCGUUUCCUUGCCUUUACUAUCAUGCAUUUCGAUAUGUACCCAAUCUAGGUGAGUUAACCGUCGCUUGGUUAGCUCGAUGGAUAAGCGCUGGUUUGUCGAGCAGGAAAUCGCUUGUUCAAAGUUACUUUUUAAUUCUAAUAUAAGCCAAUCCGAAAGCGUGGCAACGCGAUAACAACAGCAAAAAAAUAUGAUUGUCCAUGUAAUUAUUUUCGACAGUCGGCACUAAAUAAUUGAAGAUCUCUUCAGUUGUAUGCUGUACGUUAAGUGGUGGUAUCUUAAACAUUACCACCUAUUGUAAGUAGUUCCCCUUGUACCGACAUACUUAUAGACUGCAAAACAGUCCGUACUUUUGCGCAUUCAAGUACGCGCGAGCAGUCAAACAAAAGGUUUGGAACGAGGCUGAAAUCAGAGAGCGAGACUGGGGAGAGACGCUAAAAAUACAGUUUUUUUUCUCUCGCCUCACACGCCCUACGGGCGGGCGUGUGAGGCUCGCGCGCUUCGCGCGUAAGACUCUCACGCCACCCUUUACCGAUUUCUUUACUGAUUUUGAGAAAAAAACCGACUGUUUUGCAGUCUAACAUACUUAUGGACUCUAGAUCCCUUGGUGAUUUUGUUUUCUAUUUGCAAGGACUGCAAGUUGGAUUCUGUUAACAGAGAUGAUUUUAGUACGCCAGCUGAUGACGAAGGAAAGGAAAGUCUUCGACAAAAAGAAGAAGAAAAGAAGCAUAGGUAAACGUGGUGUUGUUGAUAAAUGGUUGAUUGAUAUGAAUGUGAUUGUGUCCUUGGAUGCUCUAACCACGUAGCUAUCAUACGGGGGAAUCUUGGAGAGCACGAUCAUACAACGAGAUUCUUAUGUGUGCAAUGUAAUAUGCGUUAUUGGAGAGCUUUAGAUUUGAGGACGAGUAUGAGUACGAGAUUUAACUUAAAGUAUUUGUGCGUGUUCUCAAAAAAAAGACACCCCGGAAAGUCUCAUUUUACUCUUUUUCACCAAAAACGUCAGUACGGUUAUUUAUACUGAAGGAGGUUAAGCCCUCUCCAGAUAGCAAAAUGAUAAAACUGCUUAAUUUUGAUAACUUGUUCCCGCCACAAACCGUAGAGUGACAUCGGCUAUCACGUUUUCCCGCCAAAAUGAAGCUGGUUCACGCGUGAGCACUACUCAGGAGAAAUCUCGUACACUCGUAGUCGUACUCGUCUCAGAAUCUAGAGCUCUCUAUUUACCAAGCGAAAAGUCAAGAUGGCUGGAUAUUGGCCAAGAAAACGAAGUCAAUAUUCAGCUAUCGUAACCGAUCGAACAAUCUUGCUUGAGAAAUAAUUUUUUUUAAGGCCAAAACGGAAUCUUUUUUUGCGGACAAGGUGGGCGAUACCGAGCGGGCAAGAUAGGCCCAUCUUGUCAAACUUAGUGAGUUACGUUCAUGUCGUCUGGCUCAGUUAAGUUCGUCUGAAUGAGUUUGGAUCGUCCAACGCGUUCUUUCUGUCUGCUUCAGACGGAUAAAACGUCUGAAGAUCGUCUCCGGGACAAACGUCGAUCUUCACAUGCGACGAACUCAACUAAACAUUUGUAUCGUAAUCUAUAUUUAACCUUGUUUGGGAGAAAAUUAUUAUAAUACCUUUUUGGUCUGAUUCAGUUGAUUGGUUCGACGCGUCCUAAGUUGGACGUCUGACACAACAGACGAUCUUUACUUAAUGUAGGUCGACCUAAAUUAGAGUUUGGUUCGUCUCAUGAAAAGUUCGACGUUUGGCCUAGGUUGUGACUAGAAUGGAUACCCCAAAGUCAGAUUGUCAUCUUCACUCUAGACUACGAGUAGUCCCCAGUUUUUCCUCGGGGAUAGUAGAACGCGCGAAACGCGAGCGCGCGUGAAAAUCACCCCACGCGAGAAAAGGCGACGCGCGGCGGGGAGAGAGAAAGUGUCGCCUUUUCUCACGUGGGGUGAUUUUCACGCGCGCUCGCGUUUCGCUCCCUCUACUAUCCCUGAGGAAAAAUGGGGGACUACUAGUAGUCUAUCUUCACUCAAAAUACAUGAUAGGAGUCUUAUAACUUGAAGUAGCAAAUAAGAGAAGAAAGAAAACAGAAGAAAACAGUAGAUAAUAUGUAGGACUUGAACCCGCGUCAUUUGAGGUAUAAUACAUAUCCGUAUCCACUACACCAUCAACGGCUAACUGCCGAGACCGGUUAAUUUUAACGUACUUUACAUGGCGUUAAUCGUAGCCUGCGUAGCAGGGGACCCCGUUCUUUCUUGCGCCCACUACUUCCAAGCGCCUGCUACGCAGGCUACGUUGAUCAUUACAUCAUUGAAAACUAACCGUUUUUAAAACAGUGCCUAACCCUAAUCACUGUACUUCGGUGCUAAACCCUGUAUUCAACUCUUUUCCUUGCACAACUGUCUCUUACUCUGAUUUCCCCACUUUUCUAACAGUUCUCGUGCCCAGUAAAUUCGCCUAAAUAUAGUGUAGCGUUGUGUAAUAAACAUAAGGUGUCCAACCUGAUUUUGAGGUAUCCAUUCUAGUCACAACCGUUUGACCCAGGCCUAAAGCUACUUAAAACUACACUGAAAGGAAAGAAGUCAUAACAAGGAUUUAAGGUCAUAGCUAGUGUAAAUGCAGGCGUUUAACAGCGUAGGAAUGUCGCAAGUCAAGAGGACAUCGAUGCACUGAAUUUCAACACCAGACACGAAUUGUGAUUCCAAUGCAAUUUAAUCUGAUGUCAAACACGUCAAACUAAAAAUACAAACAAGAAAACCUAGUCUAAGCGACAUGAAACGGAGCUAAGCUAAAGCAAUAAUUAGUACAUAACAAAACAAGAAAAGACGAGGGCACAAAAAACCUAACAAUAAUCGAUCAAAUAUUGAAACGAAAACAACAAGGGGAAUAGAAUAGAUUCGCAAAUGAACGCAGUUAACUUCGCAGAUAGAUUUUUCGCAUUAACUCUAUCAAGCAACAACGCACAAGGUACGGCAUUUUUUAUCUUACGCUUCACUAAUGUCUAACCAAAACUUAAUCUUUAACUCAACAACAGUUACAGCUAGGAUUGAAACUCGGAACCUCCGAUACUGCCACACUCUUAGUAUACCUAAGGCACUUACAUACUUUGGCUAGAUGCGUUUGAACACUGUUGAUACAACAUUUUUUCUUGGUUGCAGGAGAAAAAAUAAUCUAGCAAGAAGACCAGAAGUCCCACUUACCAUACAUGUGGAUGACUUCAGAUAG